CCCGCUUGGCCUGGUCCACCGCCUCCGUCCCUGCCUCGUCCUCAAGGCCAUUUCCAUCCAGAUCUGUGGAAAAGAAAUCGCAGCUGGCGGCGGAUAAAAUCCCUUAGGUCCUUGCCUCUCUUCGCCUACUCUUCUCUCGCAACCCCAUCUAUCUAUUCUCUCUGCACCAAAUCGAUUGCGCCUGCCUAUCCUCAGCGGAUUCUUCACCUGCGUCCGUAGCUUUGUGUAUCUCCCACUUUGUCAGCUUUGCAUGCAUAGAUUUGGUCGCCGUUCAUCAUGAUGUCGAACGUGCAACACAGUGCGCAAUCCCCGCCCCUCUCCUACGCUGACAGGGUCAAGAAGUCCCAGCGGGCAAACGCUGCCCCCUCGACCUCAAGUCAGCGUCCACAGGCUGGCAGCCAGUCCCCAUCUGCAAGCGCCGUUACGCAACCAAAUGCUGCUAAGGCGGCGAAGCCCCCAGCCGCAGAACCUCCUGCGAAGCUGCAGCAAGUAGCUCCCCCCGCACCAACCGACCGCCAGUCCUCCUCUCCCGUUACCCCACGAAAAGCGGCAGAGCACAAGCCUAUCAAUGGUCAGCCGAGCUCGAGCACCGUUGACCCUGUGGCGGGGCCGUCUUCUACUCCAGCGAAGAAGGCAGCUGCCCCGCCUAUGGUCAAUGUGUGGAGUUUACGUAAAGAACAAAUGGCUCGAGCUCACUCUCAGCAAACGACUAAGAGUUCAGAAUCGUCUUCGCAAGCCCCUGUGUUGAGUUUGAAGGACCCAAGCCCCGCCUCCACUGCCCCCAUUGCCUCCAUCGCCUCCACCGCCUCGAGCUCUGCCUCAGCGUCGACGUUUGCCCAAAAGGAGCCAGAAGCUUCUAGCAGCACACUGCCGCCGAAGCCUGCCGCUGCUGAUCUGCCCGCAUCGACGGAAGAGGAGGAUGACCCUUGGGUCGUACAGCCGAACCGUGCACCUACCGCGGUACCCUUGCCUCGACUAGACGCGACGUCUUGGCCGGAAGUAGGGAAGGCUCUUUCGUCAGCUUCUAACCCGCAGGGGAGUAGUGGAGGCGUGGAGAAGGAUGAUAAGAAUAAAAGGGAGGCGCAAGGGAGUGGACAGAGACGAGGUGAAAAGCUCAAAUGGGUACCUAUCCCUGCAGAGGAGCUGCGAGCUGCUGCAGACGCCCGGCGGACUACGCAGUCUUCGGCCAAUAGUCGUUCACAGUCUCAACAACGAGCGCGGGAGUCCUCGUCCGGAAAUGCCAGUCGGUCCACACAUGGAUCGCAAGAGCGGAACAAAGGCUCCAGUGGAAGAGGCCAGAAUGCUUUCGGCUCAGCAUCGCAUUCUGAAGCGCAUAGCAGGUCGGGUAGCAUACAGUCAAGCCCGAAGCAUCCAUCGACCCGGCUUCGUAGGAUGCCUGACGAAGGGAUGCACAGCAGGCGGUCCUCGAGAGCGAAUUCGCCUCGUCCGUACACUGGACCGACUGUCCCUCCUUCAGCCCCGGCCGCACAUUCGUCUCAGGUUGAGAUGCCUCAGCCAGUCUCAGCAAACGGGGUAGCAUAUUAUCCGCCGGUGCCGCACGUACCGAACUCGUAUGGUAUCCCAACCCCGCCGUAUCCUCCUCCUGGGUCAAUACCACCUGGCUACAACUCCACUUACGCCGCUUAUCCAUCCUAUCCGCCGUAUCCUCCUCCAGCUGGACAGCCUUACACGUACUGGGGUGUGCCCCAGGAUCCUCGACAGCCCUACCCGGUCUCGUCUCAGUCUCAAUCCCCCACCACUCAUUCGUCCUCACUGGUGAGAUCUCGAGACGCAACGCCGCCGACGUCAGUUGGACCAUCACCCGGCGAAGAACGCUUUGAGCCCACUGCCGGCAUUACGGGCGAUAAAGAGGCAUCGAGAGAAGCUCAGAAACCGUCGAGCAGACAGAGAUUGUUGAGCUUCGGGAGCAUAGGAGCUGAUGGAGAGAUUUUGGGCGAGGACGGUGAAGCCACUCAAGAUGACAUGGACAAGUCUGGGACGCUUGGCCUAAGUCUGAAGUCGCUCACCAUUAGCAACGACGCGGAGGCCACACCGCGGACGGCAGAUCACGCCGUACAGGCGGGAGCCGCGAGUAGGGAGGCGGUUCCAGGAGAGGCAGGGCAGUCGACAAGGCCUCAUCAGAUCCCACCGCCAGCUUCUUAUAUGGGGAUGUCGAGUGCUCGCCCGGCGGCAGGCACUGCACCAGGCGCUAUAAACGGAGAUGAACAGAGCGUCAUUGAGGCACCACCUUCUCGGCCCACUAUUGAGUUCGGCACCACCAGCCAGGCGAUCGUCGAAGAAGAGCUCACUUCGUCGCAGUCUGCCGUGCUGGUGCAGCCAGCGCAGCCAGUCUCAGGCGCUGCUGGUACCUCAGAGCUUACACCAGAAAGCAUCCCGCUGCGCGUGCGACUCUCGCCUCUGGGCUCCAUUGUUAAUGCAGAAGGUCUGCCGCCUACUCCCGCACCUGCAUCUGCCGGUGGUGCUCUGUACGCAGACAGCGAUCCGGUGCCGGCGCUGACUGAGAACACUAGGGACGAUGAGCUUCGUGUGCGGGACUUUGGCUAUGGCUUUGGCAGGGGACGAUUUGAAACGGGAUACGUCCCUCGCGAAGACCGUGGAUUCAAGGACAGGCCGUACUAUGGCGGGCGGUCGGCGCCGCGCUCAUACGAUGAAGGCUACAGACGAGGGUUUGGUGGACGCCGGGGCCGUGGCUCGACCCGUGGAUAUGGUCGCGGAGGUCGUGGAGGCCGCGACUACACCGGCGGACGGGGCUCAUAUCCGCGCUACCCUCCGCGAGAUAUCGACGUUGACCCUGAGGAGAAUAUUGGAUACGGUGUGCCGCUUGUAGAUCCCGCUAUGUACUACGGCCCACCUGUUCCGCCUACUGGCUUCGUCCCACCGGCAUAUGACGUGUACGCACCAUAUGGCGCGGGAUAUCCCCUGCCGCCUGUGCCAGUCGUUACCCCGACCGCGCCGGUGCCAACACCGGUGACGAAGCUGUCGUUCCCGCUUGAUCCGACGAGAUACUAUCUCCUGGGGCAACUAGAGUACUACCUGGGUGAGGACAAUAUGGCGCAAGACCUUUAUCUCCGAAAGCAUAUGGACUCUUGUGGAUGGAUCACCGUCAUGCUUCUCGCGUCCUUCCCGCGUGUGAAAACCCUGACGUACGACCCGCAGCUCGUCAAGGAUGUGCUCACCUUGUCUUCAUUAGUCCAGGUUAGGGGAGACUGGGUCCGCCCGUAUAAGUGGGAGCGGUAUGUGCUGCCUGAUGCUGCGCUGAGCGUCGUCGACUCGAGCGAGAGCGCCUCGGGCUACGUGUCUCCUCCGCCGGUCGAUGUCGAGCAGCUUCUCCUGCAAAAUCCGCCCCCGCAGCCCCCCGGUGAUCCUUCAACUGCCGAAGAAGGUGGGGGCCCGCUUGCGGCCCGGGUACAUGUGCAGCUGCAGACGGUCGACGGCGGCCAGGAAACCGCUAUCGACGAAGUUCACGAAUACGAGGAGGAGGAAGAUGAGGAGGAAGACGACGUUGUCUUCGUGUUAGGAAAAGAUGCCAGCCGCGCAUGGACCCCCGAGCGAAAGACUGAGCCUUCAGCUUAACCUCACACCCUGGACACGCAUGCAUGUCUCACAGUCCGCCAGCCGACCUGUUACCUGUCCUUUGCGAAGGAGAGUCCAUUAUCUCCCGCUCCACCUCAUGAACGCAUGAUCAUUGUGUUUUCGUGUAGCCCUUCUCGAUCAAUGGUGGUCUUUCGCGUUAUCGCCCCAAUCCGCCUUCUUCUUUCCUUCCGCGGCUCUCACAACCACAUCUCGCAUCGCAUGCUCAAUGCUGACCGGCCACUAUAUUCUAUUUCUCCUUGACUCUUCUCGGGUUUUCUUCUUAUGAAUCUACACGCAUUAAAUUAAUCGUCGUCUCUGUCUGCUGUGUGCAU